AUGCUCCUUUUAUUCGUUCUUUUACUAGGUCUAGGCUUAGGUUUCUACUGGUACAAACAUCCAAAAAACAAGAUUCAGGCUGUACCCCACAAUUUCCAAUGGCACACUGAAAAACCACUACCGAUUAGACCAUUUGUCAACAAGCGCAACUUCAACCCCUCGAUUGGGAUCAAAAACAUCCUGGACCAGCCUGAAAACUGGCUCUUGAUAGAGAACACAUACUUGUCAAAUAUAACCAUCAGACGGAAACAUCUUGAGGCAAACCCACAUCAGACGAUGCAAAUACCCGACAAUGAACGAACCGUGGCUGCACUUUGCGAGUUUUAUAACCUUGUAACCGGGUUCCUAACCGCUAGAUACCCCAAAUUGUUUCUUCAUGGUUGGACAGGGAAGCUUCACAAUGAAAUCACCAAUGAUGACAUCCCCUUCAAGGCAGAUCCAAGCAACCCCAGAGAGAUGUGUAAUGCUCUUGGACGUACCAUUGAAGAGGACUUUCUAAUUUUGAUGAAGGAUAAUCCAGAUAACAAAGAGGAGGAAUACAUACUUCGUGCGGCAGUCAAUGCAUUUCCAGCUGGAUUUGAUCCGAGUAAAUCAUACAAUAAACCAAUCUCCGCCAUCCAUGGACCAGUUCCACAAUAUGCAUCCCGUCUUGCGUUUUCCAUGCACAAGUUCUUCAACAAUUUGAAACAGGGGGAUAUCUGGGUGCGACACAACUGGAGUAUUCAAACCCAUAACCAGCAUUUCAAUCUUGAUAGUAAUCAUGGUCGACCUGGGCAAGAGGUAAAGAAAAUUGGUUUUGACGAGAUCGAUUUUGAACAAGGGUGUUUUCUUCGAGUGGAAAGACAGGCAUUUUUGAGAUUACCUAACCUGGGAGCAAUCGUCAUGACUGUCCGCACAUAUCUCACACCCAUGCCCCAGAUAAAGAAAGAAGGGUUGGGACCCGAGUUAUGCAGGGCUAUCGACAGUCUACCUGAAGAUUUGGCAUAUUACAAAAAGCGCGAUGCUUGGGGCGAGGCAGUAAAGCAGUAUCUAAUGAAAUAGUUAUACAAAUAUGUAUUUAUCUAGAUGAUAGAGAGAUUUUUUUUUUUUAAAUUCACUCGUUUAAUUUAACGUAGUUUGAAGGGAACAAUCCAACAGCACCAGUAGCCUUAUGCUUACCACUCCACCAGUCUUCGUCAACAAACUCAAUAUCGAUAAUCAAAUCACCUUCUUCAAAACUAAUUUCAUUGUCUUCGUCCUUUUCGUAGUCGUAUUCUGCAGUAGCAGACUUGCUAGGAGCAGAUGGUGCCACUGGUUCAGCCACUGGUUCUGGUUCCUUCACUUCAGGUUCAGCCUUGGAUGGUUCAGAGUCUUCAUUCAACUUGACAUAUGCAGCAGGGAAUAAACCAACUUCACCCUUGGCGUUACGACCAGACCACCAUUCUUCAUCGGUGAAGUCUAUAUCGACAAUGAGUUCACCUUCAGCGAAACCAAUUUCGUUAUCUUCAUCCUUUUCAUAGUCGUAUUCAGCAGUAGCAGUAGGUUUGGAUUGAGCACGGGAUGGUAAGACAGGGGUAGGUUCUUCCUUAGUACGAGAUGGUAAAGAAGGAGCUGGUUCCUCUUCUUCUUCUUCUUCUUCUUGUUCUUCUGCACGAGAUGGCAAGGAAGGAACUGGUUCUGGUUGGGUGCGAGAUGGUAAAGAAGGAGUAGGUUCUUCUUCUUCCUCUUCUUCUUCUUCUGGUUCAGGAACUGCUUCCGGUUCUGGUUCAGGGAUGGCACGUCUUGGUUCAGGCACAGGUUCUUCUUCGAUGACAGCCUUCUUUUCAAAUUGUUCAACUAAAUCAUGAGUAUGUUCAUGGACAGGUUCAGAAGCUUGGUUAGAUUCACUACCUUCUUCAGUAGCAACAGUCUUGUAUUGUCCUCUCUUUUCAGCCCAGAUUUGAGCUGGGGUCUUACCAUCUUGAGCGGCAAAGUUACGGGAUAAUCCUCCAACAACUUUAUCCUUUCUAUCAUCACCACCGAAAACAUGAGGCUUAGCACCAAAAGAAGCAGUGACAGUACUAGCUUCACCACUGGCAGCAGCCUUGUAUCUUUCGGCUACAGAAUGGCCAACCUUUGGCUUUGGUAAACUGGUUAAUCUUCCAUCAUCGGAUAACCCAGUAGGCUUAGGGGUAGAACUGAUGGUGUCUGACUUAUUCUUACGCAAUUCUUCAAUGUUCACUUUAGUAGGCUUAUAAGCAGAAGGAAGGUCUUUCAAUGGCUUUUCUGAGAAAUCACGGACCUCAACAUCCUUGGCAUCACCCCAACCAUCAUCUAACUUUGGUUUUGGCUUGACUGGAGCAACUGGCUUACCAGUAGACUUUGGGACAUAGCUUGGUUUAGCAGCCUUAACUGGUGGCUUGGAAACAAUUGGCUUGGCAACAACUGGCUUUGGAGCUGGGGCUGACUUCUUAGCAGUGACGGUUCCAGGAGUUACAGAGUAUCUGGCACCGGCAGCAGCACCAACUCUUUCCAAGAAUUCAUUUUCAUCCAAGUCAUCAGCGUCACGGGCAGUGAUUUGAACAUGACCAAUUAAGACCUUACCAACUUCAGCGAAAUUACUAGCAAAACUUAAUCUUCCCUUGGCUGGAGCACUGUCUGGACACCAACCGACAAGAAUGUUCUUGGACACAUCAGAACCAGGAACAGUGACUCUAGCAACACCAAAUUGAAUUUGUCCAUCGGUGAAAUGUUCAAAGAAUUCAGUGAGUGGGCCGUUUCCAGUUUCGAGUACGGAUAACGUGGGGGCAGGAUGCACCGAAUAAACGACGUAGGAGAUGGAUGGAUCGUCUCCUCUUACGACUGUGUCGUAAGCAGCUUGGAUCGCACGGGCGUUGGUGGAUAAGUCAAUUUUUUCCAUUUCAAUUGGUGUGAGUAGCCUUCAAUUGAUAGAUGUGAUAGAGGC